GGCAGGCUGCAGGUAGCUGUGUCUGGAGUCAGUGCUGGGACAGAGCAGUCGCUGCACCGUGGCCCCAUGAGCCAGGCUCGGCUCCAGAUCCUGGUGCUCGGCCCAGAGGCCUCUGGGAAAUCCACCUUGACCAGACACCUGCUCCGCAGAGGGGGCGACAGCUGGAAGAGUCUGGAGAAACCCCAGAGAGAGACCGGGAAGAGCCCCCCCACGCAUGCCCGGGUGCUGGACAGGCCGAGCACAGAGCAGCAGCAGGGCGCAGCCCCCCGUCACCUCCUGCAGCACGUCAAGACCCCAAAGUACGAGGUCGUCAUUGUCGAUUCCCUGGAGCCCAGGGGGCUGCCCAGUAACCGGUUCCCAGGCAGUGCUCAGGCCGGCGCUGCCAUGCUGCUGGUGCCCGCAGCCGCGGGACCGCGUGAGGCCGGCUGUGCUGUCCCAUACCAGCUGGUCCUCCUGGCCUGCAACCUGCCGGCCAAGCAGCUCGUCGUCUGUGUGAACAAGAUGGAUGCCACGCAGCCUCCCUACAGCCGCCAGCGCUACCAGGAGAUCACCCAGGCAGUGAGCGCCUGCCUCCGCCAGCUGGGCAAGAACCCAGCAACUGUGGCUUUUCUCCCCAUCUCGGGCUUGCGUGGGGACAACCUGCUGGAACCCAGCUCCAGGAUGCCCUGGUUCCGAGGCUGGGCGGGCACUAGGAAGCGGGGCAGUACCAUGGCCACCAGCCUGCAGCAGGUCCUGGAUUCUAUCCUCCCUGGGUGGCCCCAGCAGGACUCCGACUACACAUGUGGAGUGUGGUCGGAGGCGGAGAUGAGGAGCCUGCUCUCGGUCUGGAAGGGCAUAGCAGGCCGGGUGGCGCACGGCGUGCCGCUGGCCCGGGAGAUGUCCCUGGAGCUCAUGGGAGCGGGAGUCAGGCGAUCGCCCCAGCAGUGCCGCAUGAAGGCCAAUGCCAUGAUGAAGCAGUACUUCAACCGCCAGAUCGGGGCGGGGCGGGGCCGCUGCCCGUUCUAUCCGGAGCUGCACGCCAUCCUUGGGAGCCAGGUCACCAAGCUGAUGUAUGACUUGGAGCACCCCAGCCACUCCCCACGCUGUGAGUGCAGCGCCGGCUCGACGGACCUGGACAGCGCCGGCUCGACGGACCUGGACAGCGCCGGCUCUCUCACGGAGGAGGAGUCUGACGGUGGGGAAGCAGAAGACCAGGAGAUGUUUCUAGCAGGCCUGGAGGGUGACCCCGUGAGAAUGAGCAGCACCCCAGUGCCCUGCUUAGAGGCGCCCCCCACCCUCCCAGCCUCCCCCGAUGGUACCACGUCAGCCGGCCUGAAGAGGAAGGACCCGGAGCACCCCCUCCUGCGGCGGCUGAAGAAGCCGCGAGGGGAAACCCUUCACGCUGGCAUGCAGCCGCUGGCACCACCCCAGGGGAGUGACGGGCCAGGCGGUUACCUUGAUCCUGCACUCAACUGGCAAAAGAUCCUGGAGACCCCAUGCCCGCUCACUUCCAUCCCACCCACGCCACCCUCCCACCGCCAGCCAGCCCCACCCCUCCUGUCCCAGCCAGCGUGGCCCCAGCAGGUGCUUUCACUGCAUUGCCCGCAGGCCCCACCUCCCUGGUGCCCCACUGAGCCAGUGUCUCACCCGCAGGUCCCAUCCCUGCCCCUGCAGCUCUGGCACACCCCUCCACUGCAGCCCCCAUCUCUCCAGCUCCCAUCCUCCCCCACCCAUUGGCCGCAGGCCCCUCUGCUGCGCCACCAGUCCACCCCCUUGGCCCUGCUCCCAGCCUGGCCAAGGCAGCACUGGCAGGCCCCAUCUCCGCAGUUGUGCCCCCAGCCAGAGCAGCGCCAGCAAGCCCUGAGUACACAUCCUGAGUACACGCGGCUGCUCCCAGUCCUGUCCCAGCCACCCGCGCUGCUGCAGCAGCCCCUGGCUUCGCCUCUCCAGUAUCCGUCCCCUCCACGGCCCUGCCAGCUGGCCCGGUCUCCCCCGCUGCCCCAGCCCAGGCCUGCCUCCCCCCCAGCCCUUCUCGACAGCCGCCCCUUGCUGCAGGCACUCUGCUGGUCCCUCGCUACCACUGCACUGGCCUGAUGCUCAGGGGCCGGCUCGCAGGCUGUAAUCUAGCCCUGUGCCAGGGCAUUGCCCACCACAGGCAGCCAGGGGCCGUGCUUUGCAUCCCUCCAGCCCUGCUCACUGCCAGUCUGGCCCCUGGCCCUGCUCAGGACCCCUGGGCUUUAGGUGCAGCAGUGCCCCUGGCCCUGGAGGGUUUUGUGGGGGGAAGGGGCUCUUGGAGCUGGCUCUGUGUGUGUGUGUGUGUGUGUG